AUGAAUCUUGAAAACUUACUAGUGGAGCAAGAAACAAAAGGUCAACUAAGUGUAGCGGAACUUCUUGAUCACCAUCGCCGUCUAAACCGCCAUCAAUUGCAACACCAAGUAAGUCAAAACUCAUCUAUAGAACUGAAGGAUGAUAAGAGCCAUCAAGAAGAGAAGAGUGACUUGCUAAGGAAGAAACAAAAACUUCGUCUUCAAAGAGAUGUUAUGAAAAUGCAAGGAGAGCUAGAGGAGGAGCAAGCACUCAACAAGGCUUUACGUGGUAUACUUCGUGGUCCUGUCAUGUCUCAGCCUCGUCUCUCUUUACUGCUUCUUCCUCCUCAGGUUCAAGAUAUAAUAGAGGAGCUUGCUAUUGUUGAGGCAGAGAUACUCUGCCUCGAGAAACAAAUCCAAGACCUGAAACAUGAUGUGUAUACUGAGAGGAGGCAUAAUCAAGAACUUGAAGCCAAAUUUGAUGAAAGACAAGAGGAGAGGAUGAUGAUGAUGACUCCUAAGAAACUACUACAAAGACAGAAUCAUCUUCCUUGGGAACCUGACAAUAACAUCACAAAGAUGAGACCUAAGGAUCUAAAACAAAGAUCCAGGUUACAGGGUUGUGAAGAUCCUCAUGGUUUCAAGGAUAUUCUUCAAAUGAGCAAUCCCUUCUCACCAAGAGCACGUUCUUCGACUUUUUCUGAUAGAACAUCAUCAAGAAUAAUGCAAGAUAACAAUAAAGUGCAAGAGACCACACCAAAUGGAGUAUCAGAAGAUCUGUUGAAGUGCUUGAUGGGAAUCUAUUUGGAACUCAAAAAGUUAUCCCGUGAGCGAGAAGGGUCAAGAACGGUUUCAAAGCUGAGCCUCUCACACUUGAAGAACGCUUCUUUCAAACGCAAAUCGGUGUUUGGUCAGAACGCAUCAAAUCUUGAUCCUUAUGGAGUUGUGAUGGGGACUUCUCUCAGAGAUAUUGGAGAGUACAAGAACUUCAUCCACAUUACUCGAAACUGCAUUGAUGUUAGCCGUCUAUCUGAUUGCUCAACUUCUCUUGUCAACUUAAGGGUUAUGAAGGAGAAGCUGAGCAAAGUUGAUUUAAGUUUCUUGAAUCACAAGAAAAAGAUGGCGUUCUGGAUCAAUACCUACAACGCAUGCGUCAUGAAUGCAUUUUUGGAACAUGGACUACCUUCAUCAAAGGAGAAACUACUAACCAUUCUCAAAACGGCAACCGUUGACGUGGGAGGAACGCAACUCUCUGCCCUAGAUAUUGAAGGAACCAUCUUGCAUAGUCCAUGCGAACCCAUGGAAACUGUAAGUACUGAUGUACACAGACGGUACGGAUUCAGGUGUGUAGAACCAAACCUAAUGUUCGUGCUUUGUCGUGGAGAUUGGUCUUCACCUGCAUUAAGAGUUUAUACAGCAGAAGAUGUGGUGAAGGAACUAAUCAAAGCGAGAACUGAGUAUUUAGAAGCUUCCAUAGGUAUCACCGGGAGGAAAAAGAUUGUGAUUCCGAGAUUCUUGCACAAGCGUCUUCGAGAUUUUGCAGAGGAUGAAGGGACAUUAGUUGAGUGGAUAUGCAGCCAACUACCACCAGGACAACGUAACUUGCAGCUCAAGGAAACGGCGAUGGAGUGGUUGAAUAAGCAAAGUGUGUCGUCUUUGAACAAAUUAAUAGAAGUGAGGCCUCACGAAUACGAGUUUCGUUAUCUCUUACAUUAA